CACUCUCAGUCUCAUUAUCCUCAGAUCCUCUGUUUUGUGUUCUGUUAACUUCCUCUGUUGUAGAUUCCUGCUUUUUCUCCCCAAACUAGCUAGUGUCUCUUUCUUCUCUGUUUCCAAAACAAGAAAAAUGGGUGGGACUGGGAACUCUCCUUGUGCCUCAUGCAAGCUCUUGAGACGCCGCUGCACAAAGGAUUGCACCUUUGCUCCUUAUUUCCCUGCUGAUGAACCCCAAAAGUUUGCCAUAGUUCACAAGGUUUUUGGUGCAAGCAAUGUUAGCAAGAUGUUGCAGGAAAUUCCUGUUCACCAGAGAGCAGAUGCAGUGAGCAGUUUAGUGUAUGAGGCAAAUGCAAGAGUGAGGGACCCUGUGUAUGGCUGUGUAGGAGCCAUAUCCUACCUGCAAAAUCAGGUUUCUGAGCUUCAAAUGCAGCUUGCAGUUGCUCAAACAGAGAUACUCUGCAUCCAGAUGCAACAACAUGAGCCAGUGGUUCCAACCCCAGAAGUUAAUAACCCAGAUCAGAAACCUUACUUUCUACAAGAUGAAUUCUCUCAGUACCUCAAUUUUGGCUCUUCUAGCAAUGUAAUUUAUGAUUCUCUCCAGAGGGAGAACAUCUAUGGACAUGACAUGGUUUCUUGAAUGAAAUUUAGUCACUUGUUAUUUGUUCUUA